AGUCUUUUGAGUCUUUCCUCGAAUCAAAUGCUGUCUGCUGCCACCGCGUUGGUCACUAUGGCAGUGUUAGCUGGUUAUGGUGUCGUCACCGGUGUUGAUGCCUCUCUCAAGCCUGGGAAAUACUGCGCCUACCAAGAUGUGUUUAGUCCUACACCUGGAAUGAUGCUCAGGGGGUGCAUGUUCUUCCAAUACGACUCUCCUGGGGAGGCUAUCGUGGGUUACAACUAUUUCGGAAUCCAUUAUUACGCUUUUCGGUACGAUAGCGCCGUUAUCAAGGACAACACUUUCAUCUUGAAACGUUUUGGACGUAGUGAGGGUCCUGAGAUAUAUCCUUACUACGAAGUUGGCUUCGAUCUGAAGGUGCCACCGGGGUCGGCCGAAGUUGUCCAGAUGGUCUCUAAGAAGGGUGAUUAUGUUCACAAUCUAACAAUGACGGCCUGCGAGAAUCCGAAAAAAUACGAUGCCGCUUGUGUCGCCAUCCCUUAUGCAGUGUCGGCUCCCGACGGUUCCCUCACAUCGGACGAGGAGACGCCUACAGGGUUAUAUGACAACCGGAUCGGGCCACAUGAUGUCAGCACUUAUUUCAGAGCGAAAGAUUCACUGGCGCGCAUUUCUUUUAGAGACUGGCGCAGUCCGCUAGGUCAGAGUUCCGCAAUAUAUAACUCAGGCACUGGCCCCAUGAAGUUGAGUAAGGCACGUUGUGGAGAGCUUAUACAGCUCGACAAUUUCUACAAGACGAAGCAGUUCGUUAACGUCCCUGCACAGUGGUUCUACUUCUCGUACGACAACACGGUGGAAUUCGUCCCUAACAAUAAAUCAAAGCCCAGCGUGGUUCUGAUACACUUGCCGAAGGUAUCGAAGAAGUGAUGAUUAU